GACAGACAGACAGACAGACAUAUACAUUGUUUUGUUGUAGAAUAGAUUUAAAUGUGUUCAUGAAACAUAGUUGACUUUCCAGCUGUGUUGUAGAAAAACAGACGAGCAGUGUUGGGUACAAAGACAAGGAUAAGACGAGACAAGACGGGAAGCAAAGGGUUACUAAACAAAAUAGAAUGUAAUACAUGUAGUAACAAGGAAAGAAACCGAUUGACCUCACAGUAAGUGAAAUUCGAAUCCAGCCAGCAAUAUUUGAAUUUUCUCUCAAAACGGAAAAAAGGCUAACUGAUUUAAAUAAAGUUGCUGCAAAAGAUGGUUUGCUCAGUUCCAUGAUUAUCAUUACUUAAUUUGCACAUGGGUGAAAUGAUAAUUGGACAGGGCCUGGUAGUCUGAGUAUUGUCAAUGAAUUAUUGAGCUUUUUCGUCUUUCCUGUUUACGUAUUACUUCUUUGAGCUCUUCUCUAAAAACGGUGCAGGUACAUCUCUAGAACCUCGCUCCAAGGUUAAAGUCAAAAGUCUGAAAGUAUUUAAUAUUAACUAUCAUAAUUGUCUCGUAAUCUCUCGUGGACUGCGAGCGCCAACUGUCUUCUUCUAUAUAGGACAUAUUAUUGCCACGACAGCCGAUGAUGAUUGAGUAACCCAGGACCAUGUAGGUCAUAUUUAUAAGGACUGCCCACUGGUCAUCUCUGAUCUUCCCGGCCGGUGCCAGCUAUCAGUUAACGUCACAGCAUAAUGUAUCUUGCCCUGUGCCUUCUUCUCGCCGUGGGCGCGCUUGCCCAGGUGCCCACCACAUGCCCUGGACCUAAGCAGUUCGAGGGCCGAUUCCAAAGGUACGACCGGGAAAGGCGGGGCCAGGUGAGAGGAGCUAUGGCUUACGACGAGACACAGAGGCGGGUGAGAGAGUUCGAGGACAUCGACAUCGCCGGCAAGAAACAAGCCUUUGACAUUCUCAGGCUGUACGACCAGAACGUCGAGUACAUCGUGGACCGAAGCACCAGGAAGUGCAACAUCACCACGCCCACCCGUCGUUUCCACCCCAUCGGAGUGCCCCCAGACGCCAAGUUCAUUGGGGAGGGAGUCAUCGGUGCUGCUGGCAUCGUUGGGGAAUCUGUGACCGUGGCAACUUUCGAGGGCACAUACGAGGAUGCGAAAUUCUUUGUCUCGGUAACAUACCCAGACUGUUUCCCAGUGACCAGUGGGUUCAAGUCCGCCAACGACACUGGGUUUACCUCUUUCUACGAUCUUCAGGCCGGCAUCUCUGACCCAGACCUCUUCUUCCCUCCCAAAGAAUGCACACUGCAUUGAUCAGUGAUUCCAGCCUUCUCUAAGAUAAUUAAUUCAUUUUUUAUUGUUUUUCUACUUUAAAGCUCCUAAGGGAACCAGUUUAUUACAAGUGUAUGCCUCACUAGUAUUGCAAUCAUUAUUCGUAAAUAACUAAAAUCACUUCUGAUUUGAUGUUAAAUUAAGAUUAAUAUGUGUGCUUGCUCUUAUAGCGAAUAAAGAGUUUUUGUUUUCA